GGUUAUGUUGACAUGUUCCGCCUACUGGCGGUCUUCGGACUUCACACAGACAGUUGUGUGUUUAUAAAAAAUGCUCUCUGAUGCGGCAACUCUCUCCGACUGCGCAUCAUCUACAUCAACUGUUCCAAGGGAACGAUUUUCAGCUGCACACCCAUUUGUCUACACUGGCCGGCAUUCACAAAAUCUACCACACCCUGCACAGGCUGAACCUGACGGAGGACGUUGGACAUAACGGUCACUCCACAGCCUGCUGCUCCAGAGCCAUGCCUCCUAGGAAAAAGAGGAGACCCACUGCUGGAGAUGACCUGUCAGCUAAGAAGAGUCGCCAGGACAGUGUUUUUAGAAAACAUGAGGCACCACAAAUCCGAGAGGAGGAGACCUUCUCCAGUAAAAGAUGUCUGGAGUGGUUCUACGAAUAUGCAGUCUGUGACGAUGUUGUGGGGCCAGAGGGAAUGGAGAAGUUCUGUGAAGACAUUGGAGUGGAACCUGAAAAUGUGGUGAUGCUGGUUCUGGCCUGGAAGUUAGAUGCCCAGAGUAUGGGCUACUUCACCCUACAGGAGUGGUUGAAAGGCAUGGGCUCCCUGCAGUGUGACUCCACAGAGAGGCUGAGGAACUCCCUGGACUACCUGAGGUCUGUCCUAAACAACACCAGCAACUUUAAGCUCAUUUACAGAUACGCCUUCGACUUUGCUCGGGAAAAGGACCAGAGGAGUUUAGACCUGAACACCGCCAAGUGCAUGUUGGGGCUUCUCCUGGGAAAGACUUGGUCACUGUUUCCUGUGUUCAAUCAGUUUUUAGAGCAAUCCAAGUAUAAGGUCAUCAACAAAGACCAGUGGUGCAACGUUUUAGAGUUCAGCAGGACAAUCAACCUGGAACUCAGUAACUAUGACGAGGAUGGAGCCUGGCCAGUUUUGUUGGAUGAGUUUGUGGAAUGGUACAAAGAAAGAGAGAUGUCAUAGCAUCAGGUAGACUGCAACAAAUGUCAACAAAACAACAUAAUACGACGGCUAUGAGAAAACAAACUAUACAAAAUGGAGAGGUGCGUGUCAGCGAUGACAGGUGGUGCUUCCAGGUAAUGAUUGCAGGGGGGUGUAAGGUACAAAACUGGGUGUAAGCUGCCCUGGCGAGAUUGGGAUGUAGAUUACUUAUGGUCACUAUGGAGACGCCAACUAUCUCCGGGUAAUGUUCCCUACCCAUGUUGCAUUGUGGUUAAGCACAUGGCAGACCCUGUGGUGUUGCAUCCCCUCACUGUGUGCUGUGUGAUAGGAUAACUGUUCUCAUGAGUGGCUGACGUGGGCUAAAUGGUUUUGUGUUAGAGAAAAAUCCACUCUUCAACCCCUCGCUCCCGUGAGGAGGAAUUAAACAAACAAAAUCCCUCCCUUUUGAACAGUCGGUCUUAGUCUUAAAUCAAGGUCAUUUUGACCUGGGCACAUUUGAAUAUUGUAUAUCCGUGCUUUGAACUUGAUCUGUGCUUGUCUCUUUAUAACCUACAGAACCCAUCUUUUCUAUCAGUUUUGUCCUAUAUUUGGGUUGAAUUGGAAUUCUUAAAGAAGUACAUUGUCAGGCUGAGUGUUACAGUAGUUGUUAUUUUAGCCAUGGUCCCUAAAGCUGUUACAGAUGGACGAUGACACCUCCACAGUUUACUAUAAGUCAUUUGUGCCAGUGAUUUGAGCCCCCAGUGGCUUUCAUCCCCAUGCUCACUAUGAUACCACCAGCCUGUGCUAAACUAUUUUAGCCCCCUGCGAAGGCUUCAGUUGACCUCAUACCACAACCAAUCAGCAGUGCUGCCUAUAAACUCUUAUUACAGUGCAGUGGUCAGUUGUUAGUGGACUGGCCAGCAUUCAUGGUUUACGUGACCAAUCUAUGUUUCUAAGCUGUAGGUUUGUACAUUUUUUGUCUUUUUUUUCUCAACAUUUUUUCUGGAGUUUGCUUUACUUGCUCAACACACCCGUGCGAACGCACACACAGUGGUCAGGCAUUAGAUCAGGAUGACUUUUGGGAUUAUCAUUCAAGAGGUCUCAAAACCAUGGACAUUGAAGGGUUAGAGUUAGACCAUGGACAUUGAAGGGUUAGAGUUAGACCAUGGACAUUGAAGGGUUAGAGUUAGACCAUGGACAUUGAAGGGUUAGAGUUAGACCAUGGACAUUGAAGGGUUAGAGUUAGACCAUAGACAUUGAAGGGUUAGAGUUAGACCAUGGACAUUGAAGGGUUAGGGUUAGACCAUAGACAUUGAAGGGUUAGACCAUAGUCAUUGAAGGGUUAGACCAUAGUCAUUGAAGGGUUAGACCAUAGUCAUUGAAGGGUUAGACCAUAGUCAUUGAAGGGUUAGACCAUAGUCAUUGAAGGGUUAGACCAUGGACAUUGAAGGGUUAGAGUUAGACCAUGGACAUUGAAGGGUUAGAGUUAGACCAUGGACAUUGAAGGGUUAGAGUUAGACCAUGGACAUUGAAGGGUUAGAGUUAGACCAUGGACAUUGAAGGGUUAGAGUUAGACCAUGGACAUUGAAGGGUUAGAGUUAGACCAUGGACAUUGAAGGGUUAGACCAUGGACAUUGAAGGGUUAGACCAUAGACAUUGAAGGGUUAGACCAUAGACAUUGAAGGGUUAGACCAUAGACAUUGAAGGGUUAGACCAUAGACAUUGAAGGGUUAGACCAUAGACAUUGAAGGGUUAGACCAUAGACAUUGAAGGGUUAGACCAUAGACAUUGAAGGGUUAGACCAUAGACAUUGAAGGGUUAGACCAUAGACAUUGAAGGGUUAGACCAUAGACAUUGAAGGGUUAGACCAUAGACAUUGAAGGGUUAGACCAUAGACAUUGAAGGGUUAGACCAUAGACAUUGAAGGGUUAGACCAUAGACAUUGAAGGGUUAGACCAUAGACAUUGAAGGGUUAGACCAUAGACAUUGAAGGGUUAGACCAUAGACAUUGAAGGGUUAGACCAUAGACAUUGAAGGGUUAGACCAUAGACAUUGAAGGGUUAGACCAUAGACAUUGAAGGGUUAGACCAUAGACAUUGAAGGGUUAGACCAUAGACAUUGAAGGGUUAGACCAUAGACAUUGAAGGGUUAGACCAUAGACAUUGAAGGGUUAGACCAUAGACAUUGAAGGGUUAGACCAUAGACAUUGAAGGGUUAGACCAUAGACAUUGAAGGGUUAGGGUUAGACCAAGGACAUUGAAGGGUUAGGGUUAGACCAUGGACAUUGAAGGGUUAGGGUUAGACCAUGGACAUUGAAGGGUUAGGGUUAGACCAUGGACAUUGAAGGGUUAGUGUUAGACCAUAGACAUUGAAGGGUUAGACCAUAGACAUUGAAGGGUUAGAGUUAGACCCCUGUGACGAUGCUAUGCUUUUGCUAAUGUUCUUGUAACACAUGUAUAAACUUUUCUCUGGCUGUGAUGUGACGCUCAAUUGUCAUGAGUGAAACGUUGCACGCUCUCCGUCAGAAUGGAUGAGAUUUUUGAAAACUUGUUUUGUUUUUUGUACAGGAAUUUAUGCUUCAUUUGAUAUCCUCCAUGUUGUCUUAACGCUUUAUGAAAACCAUGAUUGUGUAUAUUCAGAGCUGAAACACACAUGUAACCUCAUUUGAGGAAGAGGAGUUCCCUCCUUCAUUUGCCAACCCCUCCCCCUAUCACACACAGUAAAAACAACAGUCAGUCUCUCAAACAAAUGGACAUGAACUGAAAUGAACAUGAGACUGCGUUGUAAGAAUGGUGUCAGAUCUUUUGACAUGUCAAACCCAGUGGCAUCUUAUCCACAACUAAAGCAUAUACAGUAAAUGGAUCAAUUUAUGAAGUAGUAAGGUCACAUGAGAUCUCCACCUAUCAGUGAUCCAUGAUGCUUUGGCUGUCCUGUCCAGUCAUCAGUAUAUUUGUCUAUAUUAGGUUUUUGGAGAUGGCGCUAGUGGCUGGACUGCACACUAAUAAGUCUAAUUCAGAUGGUGUUCUACAUUGGUAAUGCAGGAGGUUGAACAACCCUGUAUAUGUAUGUACAGUAUGUGUUUUCACUGUAACCUACAGUAUCUCUAUAUUAACUUACUGUUGUCAUUCAUUUUUGCUUUGCCAUCUUCCUUUACAGAAAGAUUCAAAUGUGGUUUGUGAUUGAUGUUCGUUCUGUGUUUUUAAAUUGCACAGGAUCAUGUUUGAUUCCGCUACUGUAGGCCUAAUGUAUUUUUACUAUUGCAUUACCACAGUAAUUACCACGUCAUGUGUGCACCUUAUUAUCCAGGUACCCAUAGAUCAACUGAUAUAAAAACAUCAAACACAAUAUGGGUGACUUUCAUUACAGGUUUAUUUAUGAUAGUGUCAUGAAGAGAAUUUUGUAGCAAAAUAGAGGGGAGUAGGGUACUGAGUGAGUAAAGUAGGUGGAUAUGAAUCUGGGAAAUUGGGUUUUAAUGGUCCCACCUUUUAUUUGCCUCAGUCUGAAAUAAUUCAGUCACUUAAACAGCUAUUUUCAUUAAGACAAACAUGUCUGGUGUUACACUCAUUUACAACAAUGUAAUAACAGUAUGAUUCUGUAAAAUAAACAACUUACGUUUUAACAACUUU